CCAUCUCUAAUGUCCAUGAAAUGCUUACCAAUGAGCUAACAGAAAGGAACUCACAACCCUAACUUUCGAUUACUCCAAGGAAUGGCAGGCGGAAUCCCUCGGCCGUUUCGAGCAAUGGCGUCCGUCGCCGGGAUUCUCCUCGGCGGCCUGUUUACGGUUUCACUGGCUUCUUCGGCAGCAAUUCGAGCACUUCAGUCAAUUUCUGAAGCAAAGAAGAGGAAGCUCGCGAUUUCAUGUACGAAUUGCCAAGGCAAAGGCUUUUAUAGUUGCAAAUUGUGCAAAGGAAAUUCAACGAUUGAGUGGUCUCCGUUGUAUGAUCCAAUAGCUAUUAAUCCGUGCCUUUGCCCUACAUGUGAUGGGAACAGGAUACAACGUUGUCUAAAUUGUCUGGGGAAGGGCUACACUUGAAUAUUCAAGCAGUUAGGAAUCAAAUCUAUCAUAGAGAAGACAGGACGGCUAAUCUUGGGGCUUCCAGGGGAACCCUAUCCGUCUUCUCACCUUCCCUUGUUGUGCUCCUUCCUUCCCUCCCACUCCUCUAGCUCUGCUGGAGGUUGGCCCUCCUCUAGUGCAUGAAAUUCCCCUCUCCUUCUUCCUCCUUCAACAUAGAAGGCCCCUUUAACAAAUGUCCCCCAACUUCUCUCCACAAGGUGCUUAUUUCCCUCAACAAUGAAGAUUUCUUGCUCCUUAUGCACAACCCUCCGCUGCUUUUCCUCUACCGCCUACGUCCCUUUUUACAUCUGCCUCUGCACACCUCAAAUGAAAUUCUCUCGUAGCAUCCAAAAUCUCUAGUUCUGGGGAUUUUUCGGUCUCCUUUGUUUUGUCAAAUGAUCCACUGGUUCACUUCUUUGAUGAAAAAAUAGAAGCUGAGUUGGUUAUGCAAUUGGUAAGUGGCUAUAUUAUGCGACUCUUUUCUCUAUGAUAAAAAAAAUAUUGGAAUUUGAAUGGAAAUCUCUCCCAUUUCUCAUUGAAUGAUGACUUUUUCUCUUCAAGUUCACUUCUCCUAAGGAUUUUGAGUUUGCUUGAUCCGGCGGUCCUGAGUUUUUCUUCGACAAGCCAUUCAUUCUCAAGAAUUGGUCCUCUGACUUCAGGCCUAGGAGGGAUGAGUUGGACUCUAUUCUUCUCUGCAUCAAAAUUUAUGAUAUCCCACUGAGCUGUUGAAAUCAUAAAGGCAUUUCUAAGAUUGCAAGUAAGAUUAGACAACCCUUAGCAUUUGAUUUUUUAAUGGCUGAGAAAAUUAGGCUCACUUUUUCUCGGAUUUGUGUUUAGGUGGAUAAGUAUUCAAU